UAUUAAGACAAACCGGCUGGCUAAUUUGUUUACCUAUUAAAUUUAAACCUUGAUGUUAGUUUCCCGUAACCAAUAGGAUAUGGAAAUAACACUCGCUCUGAUAAAGCCGCACGUGCUGCGGAAUACCUACGCGAUGCAGCAGAUCCGAGCCCUGAUCUCCCAGAACUUUACUGUACUCGACCAGAAGGAGGUUUGCAUUACGAAAGAACUAUCGGAGCGAUUCUACGCGGAACACCAAGGAAAAUUCUUCUAUCACCGGCUAACUAGUUUUAUGAACAGCGGACCCUGCUAUGCCCUGAUUCUCCAGUCGGAAGCCUGCAUCCAAAAGUGGCGCAGUCUCCUGGGUCCCACCAAGGUGUUCCGUGCCGUGUAUAGUGAUCCCAACUGCAUCCGAGCACUGUACGGGCUAUCCGACACCCGUAACGCCUGCCAUGGAUCCGACAGCGAGGCAUCCGCCCUUCGCGAGAUCAGCAUCCUGUUUCCGGAGUUCGACGCGGCUGUCGGGAGCCGCCAGGCGAAAAGGGAGACGUAGUCGGGGAUUACUUGAACCUUAGAUUAGUUAAAAUGUCCACUGCCGAGGCGGUUGAUGAAAAAUCUUUAUAUACUGUUUAAAUAGCUAUUGGAAUUGUCGUUAUUUAUGUUUCUUAUUUUUAUUGCUUGCAUUUUUAGAUUAGUAUUAAAACCAGGCCAAAGAUAGCCAAACAUCAUACGAAAAUGUUGAUAUGCACUGCUUUUGAAGUACUUUUAUAAUAGUUUUUAUGACUUGCGUACUUGUUUAUUUAUAUAUUUGCUUGUAGCAGCA